AUGAGUAUAUUCUUUAAGUCCCCAAUUGAUAUCGAAAUCCUUUUCGAUGGGCAGGAGUCCCGGAAACAUGUAGAAAUUCCAACUGUCUCUUCAAAAUCUAAAACAUUAAAGGAGCGGUUCCCCUUAUAUGAGGAUGGAGAGAGUAUCAGUGGUAUAGUGACACUCCGUGUGAAAGAAGGAAAGAAGGUUGAACAUCUGGGUAUCAAAGUUAGCCUGAUUGGUUCAGUAGAAACGAGGAAAUCAAGCAGCGAAGCCAAAAAACGGACUAUUGAUGCUUUCCUAUCAUUAAGCGCAGACCUAUGUCACGCUGGUGAACUAGUCCAUUCUCAGAGUUACCCGUUUCAUUUUAAAGAUGUUGAGAAAAGGUACGAGAGUUAUAGGGGUAAAAACAUUGAAGUUAUGUACUAUGUUAAGGUGACGGUGCUGCGAAGAUCAACAGACAUUGUGAAGUUAAAAAAAUUCUGGUGUUAUUUAUACAAUUCAGCACCCCUUAUUCACACAACUGGCUCUGGAGAUGAUAGUAAGCCUGUGAAACUUGAUAUUGGCAUUGAAAACUGUCUACACAUCGAGUUUGAGUACUCUAAGUCUCAGUAUUCAUUAAAAGAUGUUAUAAUGGGUCGCAUAUACUUCCUGCUGACACGACUUAAGGUGAAACAUAUGGAGAUUAGCCUUAUCAAGAGAGAAACCUGCGGUCACGAGCCGAAUCAGCUCAGCGAUACUACUUCUAUUCGCUACGAAAUUAUGGACGGUUCCCCAGUUAAAAGCGAGACUAUUCCCAUCCGAUUGUUCCUCGGUGGUUACGACCUUACACCGAACAUCACCUCCAACUACUUCAGUGUCAAGAACUACCUCAGCUUAGUGAUAAUUGAUGAGGAUAGUCGACGUUACUUCAAACAAACAGAAAUUGUGCUUUACAGGACACUAAAUUAG